AUGAAUCGAUUUGAACCUGACAUAAUAGCUAUAAAUGAAACGUGGUUGCCGGAAGGACAAGAGGCACGUGCGCCAGUAGCACCCGGCUAUCGACUGCGCAACAAACCGCGCCCAAGACACAUUUGUGGUGGUAGAGGUGGUGGUGUUGCGUUCUACUUUAAAAGAGAUAUACGAGUACGCUUCUUGAACCAUCCCGAAAAUAACAUCGAACAAAUGUGGCUAUCGAUACGAGUAAAUGGUCAUCGCAUAAUCAUAGGAACAGCAUACAGACCACAGUGGCUGAAAAUAGAUACAUUCAUUGAUGCGUUAACUGAAUCUGUUUCCCACUUUUCUAACUUCAAGUACAUGGUUUUGCUGGGAGAUUUCAAUGUAAAUAUGCUGGAUAAAUCUAGUAUUGGCUUCGUGAAAAUUGAUCAAUUUCUGAGGUAUCUUAAUUUGGAACAGGUAGUAAAAGACCCUACGCACACUUCGGUGAGUUCUGAAACACUUAUCGAUCUUGUGUGUACUAAUUGUAAAAUUCGUGACGUAACUGUGGACAAUAUUACCGGAUCCCUGGGUCAUUCAAUGGUAAAUAUUAGUUUAAAUUUAAAGAAAACGAAAGUACUGCCAAGUUUUGUUACAUAUAGACCUAUGAACAAAAUAAAUAUUGAUCAAUUUAACAGGGAUCUUAUAGUACUGAAUUGGGAAUCAGUAUCAAAAAUGUCAUCAGUUAAUUCCAUGGUAGAUAAAUUCAACUUCUUAUUGUUGUCUCUAUUUGAUCAACAUGCGCCAUUGGUUACAACGAAAUUUAAACACGCUACACCACUACCAUGGAUUACUGAUGUGAUUAAAUUAAUGAUUCAACUGCGUAAUAAAGCUCAUAAUAAAUAUCGCAAAUCAGGAUCUGAAACGCAUAAGAAUUAUUACAAAGAACUGAAGAAAUUAGUCUCAAAAAGUAUCGAAAGUGAGAAACGAGCCUAUUACAAUCAUUUUGUUAAUUUGAAUGUUAAUAGUGGUAAAAAAUUUUGGAAAAAUAUAAAAGAGAAAAUUAUUACUGAUUCAGAUAAAAAUGAAUGCCUAUCAAAUAAGUUUAAGGACCCUAAUUUAAUUAAUAACCACUUUUUAGAUGUGCCUGGUCCUGAUUCUGUUCCCAUAUCUAAUUUGUCAUAUUUUGAAAAAACACGUCAAAUUCAUUUUUUUUGCGCCCUGUAA